AUGAGAUUUGCCUUUGUGUUAUCACUUAUCAAUAUUUUGCACCAGCUGAGCCACAAUGAGGCGAUUUUUCCGGGCAACAUAGCCAACCAAUAUUAUCUGAACAAGCAGCGUUUCAUGCUGGAGAUUCUGCAUCAUGUGCAAGAGCCUCUGCUACACGAGCAGUGGAUAGCAUUGGGUCAGCAAAUUGUCAGCGAUAAAAGUCAAUAUGUGCACUACAACGAUCAUAUGCGGCAGUUCUAUCAGUACCUAAGCACGGGACGUCUAUUGCCCAGGGACGUAUACUAUAAUCCACAGCAGCCGGAGCAUUAUCGGGAAACCUUGGGUCUCUUUCACUUCUUCUACAACACGCGCGAAUGGAGCACUCUCAUGCAGAACAUAUGCUGGGCUAGGCUGCAUGUGAAUCCGGCUCUCUUUCUGCACGCUCUGAUGCAAACCAUGCUCAAGCGAGAGGAUUACCAACCUCUGAUUAUGCCCAAGAUCUAUGAGCUGCUGCCGGCGCCCUAUCAUAGUGAGCGGGUAGUGCGGGAAGCGAGCAAGUUUAACUAUAUCAAUUGGAUCAGGCAACAUCUGAUGGGCAGUGGGAACGAGAGUCACGUACAACUGGUGCUGCCCAAGAGGCUGCUGCCCACAAACAUGACAGGAGACCUGCGCGGUAGUACGAGCAAGUGGUCCGAAGCAAUGUCUGAAGUGCAGGUUUUAAGCUUGACGGCAACAAACUUAGCUGAACAAAAACUUGGCCACCUAAUCGAAGACCACGGCUGGUUGGCAUAUUGGUACUACAUCAACAUGGGCGUGACUCUACAGCAGCAACAGCCGGAAACUGCGCGAAUUCGGGAUUGGUGGUACUGGCGUUUGGGUCAGAUACUGGCUCGCUACAAGCUGGAACGCUACGGACAGCGAAUGGAAUACAAACGCUUGUCCAUGCAGGAGCAAGGGAAAUAUCACUGGCUGACUUGGCAGAGUCAACGCUAUCAGCCAGAGAGUGAGGCCACGCGGCAGCAUCUUACAGAUUUGCUGCACCAACUGCAGCUGGACGUGGAGCAAUCGAUUGCCACACAAAGUUAUCGUCUAUCCAACGGCACAGUGCUCGAUCUGCGCAAGGAUCAGAACUGGCUUUUGGGUCUAGAUGAGCUCUUUCCAUACGAUUUGAGUCAACUGCAGCUGCCAUUCGCUGGACAGUCGCAGCAGCUAUUGGAGCUGCACACAAUGCUACGGGAGCCCAACUUUUACUCAUAUGCCGAUCGAUUAAUCCGUGCCUAUCGAUCCUAUCGCACUGAGUUUCAACCGAGCUACCAUCAGUCCGUGAGACCUAUCGGUAUGAGCAUUCAGGAGGUUUUAGUUGAUCCGCUGAUCACAUUUGACGAGCCCGUUGAUGUGGAUCUCAGCAACGUACUGCAUGCAAGAAACUUUUUCUAUGAGAAGCAUUUUAUGUGGCCACACAGUCUGCAAGCUCGAAGACAUCGAUUGCAGCAGCAACCUUUUGCGAUCACUUUCCACUUGGAAAGCAAUAGGACGCAGUCAGUUAUUCUGCGAACGUAUCUCACCACAUCCGGGGGCGCCAUCAAUGAGGAGCCCUUUUACCAGUUGGAUUCUUUUCUAACUAUACUUUAUAAGGGCAAUAAUACAAUACGGCGAGCGUCUAGAGACUUUCUAGGCAACAUCGGCGAUCACAUUAGCUUUACAGAGCUCUAUCAUUACCUGAGCUUGGCGGAACAGGAACAAUAUGACUUUCCUCUGAACAUAACCACACCAAGUUGCGGCUUUCCCAGACGUCUGAUCUUGCCCCGAGGCGGCACGGCAAAACCGCUCUCCAUGCGACUCCUGAUACUGGCCACGCCCUAUACCUAUAAGGCGAGGCAGGGCCAAGAGAUGUACUGUGACUUUGGUGACGGCAUCAGCAGCUGGGAUGAGUUGCCCCACGGUUAUCCCUUCGAAAGGUUUGUCGAGCCACUGGAGCUCCUCGGAUCGCACACCUUUUGGCAAGCAGUCGAGUUGCAACACAAGGGUUACAACGAAGUUGAGAACUGAUCGUUUGGCUCAUAUUAGGCCCAGUCGAUUAGAAAACUCGCUGCGAGGUUCCACCCCUUCUUAGAAGCC